GUCAAGACGUGACAUUUGAUGCUGCUUUGGUAAAUUAGCCAUCACAGAUAAGGCAAAAUAUUUAAAGUUGCUGAUCUUUUGUCAUUUCACUUCUUAAUUUGGGAGAUUAACAAUGCAGCUGAAAUUCACCGUCUUUUUCCUAAUUGGAUGCGCGAUUGCUGCAGAUCCAACACAAAAUGAAUCACGUGAUUUGGCUGCUGACAUUAGGAUUGCCCAACAAGAGCUGUCCUCUUUUAUAAAAGAAGCACUCAAAUUCAGCUCCACCUUCCAGCUCAUUCUGAACGCGGAUAUUCUCCUCGAAGUCAAUAACAACUUCCACCAAAUCUACUCGUUGAUGCAGAACAUUGGAGUACAGCAAGAGACUAUUGAACAGAUCAGGGCAUCCGGUGAACAGGACAAGGCUGUGAUUUCCACUGCCACAGACAAUCUGGAGUAUGCAAACCUUGACAUGAUAAACGGAGCUUACGUCAUCAACUCCAAUCUGAGAAACGGCUCCCUUACUGAUGUGCGGAGCAAUUAUGACAUUUGGGUCGGAGAAUUUUUACCUCUGUUCAACCAACGCUACCAGCAGUUCAACGCAGCCUUAUCUCUCACGGGGAACUCCAUUGAACUUCAAGUGGUUUCUGCUAUCACUGGAUUGGAAGGAGCAGAAGUUAAUGCAAUUUACGCAUACCUCCAAAAAACCAACGACCGCAUCAAUGAAGACGCCGAGCUGAUGCAAAGAGAGUUAAUUGUCUACGAUAGAGUGUUGACCACUGCUUUAAAUGCGGUGCAGCUCGUUCUCAGCCAAGCUUGAGGGGUGUAAUUCUAAAUUUUAAAUAAACUUUUGAAUAUUGGAUUAAAUUAAUUCACUGCAAAUUAAUUUUUCUCGAUUAAAAAUACGUGAUGCUCCUUUUUAAUGUAACUUGUGUGAAAUUAAUGGGACAUUUAGAAAAAAACUAUAUAUUGUUUAAUAAAGAAAACUUUACUGCU